GGGAGAUCGUCGCUCAUGUCGUGCGUACCACAAUUCAAUUUGCUGAGUGACGCAUAUCUUGAGCUCCUCUAUCUUCAUGGCCCAUAUCGUCUCCUUCCUCGCACUUGCAAUCUGCUCAGCGUCGGCUGCGACUUCAAGCGACCAGACGUGGUGCAACCAGUUCAAGAGCAAGGUCAACAUCCUGCCCAAGGUCGCUGGAGACUGCUCUGUGUGUUUCUACGAGCAGAUAAACUAUGCUGGAUCCAAGUUUUGCAUCGGUAAGCGCUUGAAGAGCUGCACGAAGGUGAACCCGAUCACAGCGCCGGGUACGAUCGGGAGCAUCAAGUUCGGCAAAGGCUGCGAUCUUGUAGCGAACGUUCGUGUGACAGACGUGCCUUUCGAUGAACACGUCGAUGUCAUCUCAAAAGAUGUGGCCAACACAGGCUACAACGUCAGCGGUGACCACUCUGUCCAAGAAGUCUACGUGGAGCAGGCCGGACGUGCAUGUUUCCUGGGAGUCCCCGACUCUGGCGACGGCUACGGCGUCUGCUACUCUGAUAGUGUACCUGAAGUGGAAACCAAGUAUUGGGACUCUAUCACCGAACUCAUGCUGUUCAAGUCCGACACGAAGGACUUCGAUGUGAUCCUCUACGAGAACCAGGACUACAACGAUCCUCUCAAGUCUAUCGUGCAGAAGGACGUCGCGCAGGGUACAGGUGCCAUGUCCUACCGCUUCACCGAUAACAGCAAGACCCUCGAAACCAACGUGACCAGCAACACUACGGGCAUGAAGGAGACGUUGCAGAACAAAGUGCGGUCUGUCCAGUUCGUGUCUCCCGAGAACAACGCCAAGCAAACAGACUCCACGCCCGGAUCAGUUGCCCCUGCCGCGUAUUCCGUUUAGAUGCGUCCUAAUAAAUGUUGUUUCUGCGUAAAUAAUUACUCGAUGCCGUACUUGCGCUGCAC